AUGAGUUACAGAUCGCUUUAUUCAACACCAGAGAAUACUCCUCUGCGCCCUCAGAUCGUCGAAGCAUCAACGCCAUGGUCUGAAGUGAGUCUAGAGGAUCAUGCUUCACAUCGCUUCGAAUCCCCAAGAGGAUAUAGGAAACUCAUUCGCAGCUUUUUCAGAGCACACUUACGCAACUGGAAUCGAACGCUGUGGCUAGCAAUGUUUCUGGCCUACGUCGGUCGCUGGUUGUCAACUUCAGAUGGGGUCCAUAAACAUGGAUCAUUCCCAGAGAAGCAAUCACUACAAUCAGCGACAAUACCCGCAAAGCCACUACCGGCUCUACCCUUCUUGCCCUUGACGAACACUUCGAAUGCCGCUCCGAUAUCUCUGUUGGCUAGAGUCGAUGAUGAUGAGUAUAUCGUGCUUCCCAACGCCACCUCGAUCCUGAUGCCUAUUGAAGGCACUCCGGUCGAUGAAGACGAAUGGUUGACGGGAAAUCAAGCAGGAAAUCAAGCAUUGCCACCUGCCUCAACAAAGAAGAAGAUGCUAGAGAUUGUCACUGAUUUUCCUGGCUCUAUGGCAGGUCGUGAUAAACAUAAAAAUACCAGGACAGCUCGUGGCAUAUUAGGCGGUGUGAUGGGAUGGGAAUCCUUGUUGCCAGACAUGUUUGGAGCGGAUCAUGCUACGAUUGGAAUGGACGGCAUGUGUUUGAUUGAAGACUGUAUAGGUGGUCGCGGGAGUCCAUUUGGGCUCGCUGAUGUCUUCUUCCAGAGUGGUCCAGCCGGGACAGAUGAGUAUUCUCAUGCUUGGAUCUUCCAAGAAUAUACCCCAGAUGUUAUUGUAAUGAACAUCGGUAACUCCGAUUGGGAUUCAUUCCAAUCUCACUAUCAGGAAUAUAACAAGACAUUAUGGGAAUUGAGCGUUGUCUUCGAAGAAACGUAUAUAUCGAUGAUCAAGGCGAUCAGAACGCUUGCAUAUCCCAAGUACUCGACUAGCAUCGACUCUCGUUACACCUACACAGCAAGGAAUGCUGCAGUAGGGAUACCAAUCUUCAUCAUGAGACCAUUUCGAGGACAACUUGAGCAAGCAACGCACUCGGUGGUCGACAGGCUUCAGAAGGAAGGUGAUAAAGCGAUUUUCUGGCUCGAUACCUCUGGUUGGCUCAACACAGAAGUGGAUUUCCAAGGUAGAGCCGAAGAUCAAGACUUCUUCUUAGACGAAGAGAGCCCAUCCAAGCAGUGGCGUCUGACCGAACGAGGUAACCAGAGAGUCGCGAUACUACUGCACAUGCAUGUUUGUAGGUAUCUUGCUCGAGAUAGGGAAAAGUGCGCUUUCCUGCCACCGGAAAUAUAUCAAGGCAAAGCACUUGAUCAUGAGGCGAUUCAUUUCGACGAAUUCCUGGAGAAUGAGCGAGAAAGGAAGCUGAAAAAGAUGUUUUGGAAGUAACGCGACUGAAUCGUGGUCGUCGGGCCCGGCGAUUGGGUUGCGAUGCGUUUGCGUUUGAGCUCAGCGGAUGAUCUGCAGUGCCUGAAAGCUUCGUUCGUCUGAUGUGGGAGCAUUUCUUUUGAUACAACAUUGCUUCUUUUCCUAGGUAGUUGUUAGAAAUGAAAUAAUAUAAUCCUUGAAUUGUCCUCAGACGUCAAUGUCUCCAGUCUGGCGAGACACCCCUUGCGAAAAACCUGGAGGCUGGCGCCUUUGCCGCUUUCUGCCCGAGCUGCAACGACAUCAUCGCUCGCUGCAAAAAUGGGUGUUCUCGGCUUUUGCCCGCCAUGACUUCGAAAUUUUGCUUUUUGCACAACCAAGAGCCAUUCAUCCCACCA